AUGACAGAUCCAAACACUACAGCCGAUUCCAAAAUCAAUCAUGCCAAGUCCUUGGAAUAUUGGGACAGUGUCCCAGCCACCACGGGCAGCAUGCUGGGCGAUUUCCCUUCAGUGUCACGCAUUGACCUAAAAGGCUCUAAAACUUUCCUAGCCAAGAUCCGCCGUUUAAUACCGGGUGUUCAAUCCGAGGGCAACUUCCACCAAGGUGUGGACUGCGGCGCUGGAGUCGGCCGGGUGACAGAGGGCUUCCUGAGCCAGGUCUGUGACGUGGUAGAUGCGGUAGAGCCAAUAGCCAAGUUCACACAAGUGAUGAGAGACAGCCAAUUGAAACGAGACGGCAUCAUUGGAACCAUCUACACUCGUGGCAUUGAAGAUUGGUCCCCGGAGAAGAAAUACGAUUUGAUCUGGGUCCAGUGGUGUGCGGGCCAUCUCACCGAUUCACAGCUCAUUGACUAUACCGUGCGGUGUCGGAAAGCCUUGACUGAAACUGGUCUUAUGGUUGUCAAGGAGAACCUGUCUACCCAUGUCUCUAGACAGGAUGUGUACGACAGUGAAGAUAGCAGUGUCACAAGGACAGAUGCGAAAUUCAGACAGGUCUUCGAGGCUGCUGGCAUGGAGAUCGUCAAGUCCGAACGUCAGAAGGGCUUCCCGCCGUCUUUAAAUCUAUUGCCUGUGCAAUUCUAUGCUCUGCGGCCGAAGACAACCAAUUAG